AUGUGGUUCCCCACUAUGCUGCGGCUGGCGGUCGCAGUGUAUCAGUGGUGGGUUCAGUGGGCCACACCCACUGUGGGCCGGGCCACACCACCACACCCAUGGGCUGCCGUGUCUGCAGUGGAGAAAUGGGGGCAGGCUGCCCUGAAGGCUGUUGAGCGCCUUGCCCGUUGUCUGGCGAGGACGACCCACCACGCAGAGCCUUCCUCACUGACGGACGGCACUCUGAGCAGCAGUCGUUACACUGGAAGCAGUCCUGGGGGUGAUGGCACCACAACUGCCAGUAAACCGACGGAUGGCAGUGAGCUCCUGCCGAGUGAGGCGCCUGAGGAUACCGUUCACCCGCUUGGGUGCUGCCGGGUAGGGCUGAUGGCAGUUGAUACACUGCGGUCUCUUCUUGCACUCUGUGCCCGCUGGUCCUUCGUGCUGAUUGCAGUUGGAGCAUCUAGCUAG